AUGGCCAAGAAGAAGACUUUGAAGCAACAGGAUUUCCAGAAGAAAAAGCUGAAAGUUGGCAAAGCUAAACAGGGACCUUCAAAUUUAACAGAUACUUCGUUCGUGGCCAAGACCAUCUUGUUGCCGAACCAGACUAAAUUAUCAUCAGCAGAAAGAAGUUCGGGUACUAGGAAAAGCGGCCAGCAAGAAUUAGAACAAAGUGUUAUCAAGAGAUUAUCGUUAUGCAAGCAUCACAGUGCAAUAACCAGAAAAGAGACAUUGGUACAUUUCAAGCAACAAGUACCGAAAAUUGCACACUCCGGAUGUAUGACCCAAAUAAUGCACGCGUGUUAUCCGAUGAUGUGUGACGAUGACCGACAGGUCCGAGAAGCGCUGUUGGAAAUGAUAGAUGAAGUUGGGCAGUACAAUUGUGACGUUUUACGUCUCAACUGUAGGGCUUUCGUUCUGUUCUUAAGCAGUGCAAUGACCCAUAUUCUCUCUCCAGUACAACGUGACUGUGGUAAGUUUCUGGCGUGUGGACUCAAAUAUUUUGCCGAUGAACUUACCAGAAACUCGUGGAUCAAGCUGCUGAGAGGCAUGUUUGGGGUCCUUGGGUGGCCCUUGAAAGCCGAGAGUCCCGAGCGCAAUGGCAAUGGGAACAAUGGGAACCGUCAGCCCAAGAAAAGCGUUAGUAUGGCGAUCAGUAGCGCCAGCGUCGUCAAUAUGAACAGCGCGCGCGCGAAGCACGCACGCGCUAUCAACAUCGAUGCGUUGCACUUGUUGAUCAAAUGCGGGUGUCUGGAACUGGUUAUGCGCGAUGAUCCGCAACCGGACGAGCAUAGUGCGGCCGCUCACAACAAGUAUCUCAUCCCGGAGUGUCCACAACCGUAUGAGCAUCUAAAAAUUUUUGCGCGCGAGAUUCAGGACCUGGACGAUAUCAAUCAGUCUGCGUCUUCUUUGCAAGAUCUUGUCAGCGUCUCUUUCCAAGACGCCUCGUCAAGGCGAAAAGUUGUACUGCAUUAUUUCUAUGACGAUAUCAUGAGUCAAGUCGCGACGCUAAUUGCCGACGGCGGUGAGUCUGGCAAAAGUGCUAACAGCUUGAAGUUAUUAAUGGACGAAGUCCAAGUAAGGGAAAGUGAAAGUGAGCAACAAGUAUGA